GGUCGGAGGGUUGGCCUGCCUUACCACGUCUACAGCUCUGCGCCGAGUGCCCGCUCCACGUCCCCCCUUCUGUCUCACACAGGCACACGGUUUGGGGACACUGGGCCUGUUCGGGGAAACAUUUUACAAAGCUGCACAGAAACGGAGCGGAAGAUGAUCCGCCUCACAGUGAGGAUGAUUUCCCUCGCUUUUCUGGUUACUUUUGUGGCCUGUAACGCCCCACCGGUUCCGUUAGACGACAUCAUCAUAGAGAAGACUUCUAUCCCCGAGCGCUGCGACCGAGCCGUGAAGUCAGGAGACUUCGUCCGGUAUCAUUACCACGGCAUGUUUCCCGACGGCAAGAAGUUUGAUUCCAGUUAUGAUCGUGGCACCACUUACAAUGUGUAUGUUGGCCGAAGACAACUGAUUGCCGGGAUGGACAAAGCGUUACUGGGCAUGUGCGUGAACGAGAGACGACUUGUUAAAAUUCCUCCACAGCUUGCCUAUGGGAAGGACGGAUAUGGUGACAUCAUCCCCCCUGAUUCGAUCCUGCACUUUGAUGUGCUUUUGCUUGAUAUCUGGAACACAGAAGACAAGGUGCAGAUUCAGACUUACCACAUGCCAGAGAAGUGUGGCCGAACCGUUCAGGUCUCUGACUAUGUACGCUACCACUACAAUGGCACUCUGCUCGACGGCACACUCUUCGACUCUAGUUACACACGCAUGAGGACCUAUGAUACAUAUGUGGGGAUUGGCUGGCUGAUCGCUGGUAUGGACCAAGGACUUCUGGGAAUGUGCGUGGGAGAGAAACGCAUCAUCACUAUGCCGCCGUUCCUUGGCUAUGGAGAACAUGGAGAUGGAAGUGACAUCCCUGGUCAGGCUUCUCUAGUAUUUGAUGUGGUUCUGUUGGACCUUCAUAACCCAAAAGAUGAGAUUACAGUGGAGGUUCAAAGUCUGCCAGAUUCCUGCCAACGCAAGAGUAAGGAGGGAGAUUUCAUGCGCUACCACUAUAAUGGGACACUGCUCGAUGGAACCCUCUUUGACUCCAGCUACUCGAGGAAUCACACAUAUGAUACAUACAUUGGGAAAGGCUAUGUGAUUGCUGGGAUGGACCAGGGCCUUCUGGGUGUGUGUGUUGGAGAGCGCAGAAGGAUAACUAUCCCACCACAUCUGGCAUAUGGAGAAGAAGGAACAGGCACCAAGAUCCCUGGCUCUGCUGUGCUGGUGUUUGACGUCCAAAUCAUUGACUUCCACAACCCAUCUGACACGGUGCAGAUCAUCAGCGAGAAGCCAGAGAAGUGCAAUUACACCACCAAACGUGGUGACUUUGUGAAAUACCACUACAACGCUUCACUUAUGGAUGGCACUCAGAUUGAUGCUUCUUACAGGUAUGGGAGGACAUAUGAUGUGGUUCUGGGAGCAGGACAGGUGAUUCUAGGUAUGGAGCAGGCCCUGCUGGAAAUGUGUGUGGGGGAGAAACGCAAAGUAGUUGUACCUCCUCACCUGGGCUAUGGAGAAAGGGGAGUGGAUGGAGAAGUCCCUGGCAGUGCAGUGCUGAUGUUUGAUAUCGAGUUGAUAGGUGUUGAGGAGGGUCUUCCUGAAGGCUACAUGUUUAUAUGGAAUGAUGAAGUGUCACCUAAUCUCUUCAGUGAAAUGGACAAAAACAAGGACCUACAAGUGGACCUCACUGAGUUCUCAGACUACAUCCUGCUUCAAGUAGAAGAAGGCAAAGGUCGUCUGGCUCCUGGCUUUGACCCUCAGCGUAUCAUUGAGAACAUGUAUAACAACCAGGACCGCAAUAAGGAUGGACGGAUCACUGAGGACGAGUUUAAACUGAAGGCAGAAGAAGCAGCUGCUCAUGAUGAGUUAUGAUAGCACAUUCAGGGAUGAAAGGAAUGGGAUUGGAUGUGUGUCUGGAUAGUAAAGUUGGGGUGUGGGUGGGGGUGGGGUAAAUAAGAUGAUAUGCAUCAGCAGUGCAAAUAAUCAGUGCUGUUUGUAAUGAGUGUUGAUGUGUAUGUGAGAGAUGUUUGGACGUUUGAAUGGGUGUGCGUCUGUGUGUGAUUAUUUUAAAAACAUUUUCAGAGUGCCAAAAAUAUGUGUGAUCUUUUUAAAAAACUUCCCUUUAAUAAACACAUUCCAAACCCCA